CGACUCAUUAUUAAUGAACAAUCGAGCCAUUUGAUUGGCUGUGUAAACAAUUAUUGGCAGAAAGCCAUUGUAGUGCUGCUCACUUUGACAGAAUCUAUGAAUAGUUAAUCAAGUUAUUGCUUAGUUACGAGAGGGACGCUCUCUUCACAACAUAACCACGCCGGCACAAACUUUGGACUUUUUCCAUCUCYGUUUUAAAGUUUGAAGCUACAAGAACUGCAAAGGAAGUUCAGAUUGCUUGAGCAGAUGUUGAGGGAGCUGUAAUCGUGGUAUAUAUUGAUCUGAAGUAGCUAGAAAUACAGCUAUAGUAACUUCUAAUUUGCUCCAAAAGGCCACUUCGGAAAUAGACGUUCCAAUUGUGACAGGUCUGUUUAGAGAUUUAAUAUACUCCUAAAAAGACUUGGAAACGUAGAGGAAUUCUUAAAGUGUGGAAAGCAUUGGAGAAAUUGCAAGAAAUUUCAGCCGAACUUUGGUGUAUCUCUCGAGUACCACCUCAGGAAUGUCCGCUGUGUUGUUCUUUUAGACUUGGCCGACUUUUGAAACUCUGUGUUCCAAAAACUCUGAAUUUAUAGGUUUAAAUUUACUUGUAGYUGUAUAACUAGUUCAAUUUAAUUCAAGACGAUUUGGUUUGAACGAGGCUAUUUCCAGCUCAAGACAGAGGUGAUUAUAAAAUUAACUAUCAGCAAUCUCGUCUCCCUAGAAACAGCAACAUGACUUCGACAACUCCGAUACUSAUCCCAAAAUACUUCGAAAAGGACUACCUCCAGAAUCUAAAUGAUCGMUUCUCGAGCUAUAUCUCCAGGGUAAGGCAAAUGCGAGAGCAGAGUGGCCGAAGUGACACUAUAAAUUUCAUAAACUCCACCAAAGUUCUCGAAGAGGAAAUAUUAGCACURAAAGCGAUGUAUGAAAGASAACUCGAAGAGCUCCGGAACCAACUUGAUCAUAUUUCRAGAGACAGGACUCAACACCAGCUUGCUGCAGCAAAGAAUACCGCGCUUGUGACMGAACUUCAAGACAAGCUUGCUGAAGAGUCCAAUAUUCGUAAAAAGGUUGAAAACUCCCUAGCAGAUGCCCACAGAGUAAUUGCAGAGAAAGACGCCCAGCUGCAAGACGGCAGAGUGACAAUCACACAGCACCAGAAUGCACAUAUGGACACUAAGAAGGACCGUGACAGUCUCCAGGGGGCCYUGACCUGCACACAGCAGGCUUUGGACACCGAGACAGCAGCGAGAGCUGACCUACAAACUCUGGUCAACCAAUUGAGGGAAAAAUUGAAGUUUGAACAACAGCUUCAUGAAAAAGAAAUGGCUGAAAUGAGGUUAAGACUUGAUGAUGCAGACAGGACUAUACUCCUUGCUGAAGAGAGACUCCACGAACACAACAUUAUUGAUGAGAAUCUGGCGGCCAUGUUGGCCAAAGUCAAGCUUCAUAGUCAGCAUGAAUUGAGAAGAUUCAAGGAGGAAUCAGAAAUCUCACAUCAAAACAUUAUGAACCAGCUCAAGAUCCAACUUGAYAAUGAGAGUAGAAACCUUGCUGCAGCCACUGAUGAGAACAUUCGCAUGAAGGCACAGCUAGAGACAGUGCAGUCAAAGCUCAUUAACUUGGACUCAAGGACUUAAUCUUGCAAUGGAGAACCAAACUCCUCUUGCCCCAGUGCGUUCACGUACCUGGCACACAAUGACACCAAGGACUAAAACAGUUACUACAGAGCCUAGACGUCCAGCCAGUACUAUAGGUAUAACACCUACAUUGAGUACAAGUACCAGCAAGGUGGUGCAUAAACCAAUCACAAGGCCAAAAACUACAACAGGCACACUUGCAAUCAACAGGAUAGCUACCACUGAACCUAUCACAACAUCCAGUCCUUAUCGCCACUCCUGGACCUAUGUACCUAACUUUGUGGACUACCAUAGCCCCACAUCUAGCCAUACUGGAAGUGUACGAAUCCUGGAAGUCAACCCAGAUGGAAAUUAUGUCAGACUUUUCAACACAUCAACACAUAAGGAUGAGGAGAUUGGUGGGUAUAUGGUACAACAGAAUGUUUCUGGUCGACCAGUAACUGUCUUCCGGUUUCCACCAAGAACAAGRCUCAAGGCKUUGGCUCAUACUACAGUUUGGGCAGCAGGUAGCCUCAUGAGGCACAACCCACCUUCGGACUUCCUGUGGAAAGAGCAACAUAAAUGGGGUACUGGGCCUGAAUGUACCACAAUCCUUUGCAAACCAAAUGGACAGGCUGUUGCAUGGACGACUGCAGCGUUUCCAUUUGGAGUUCCAAAUCAAAUUCCCACACGUGACACUGGACCUGGUUCACCACGAGAAAAAGCACUGGACCAGAUUGAUAGUAACUCYCCUAAGAAAUCUCCCAGGUCAAAAGAUCCAGACCUYCCCCCAAGGCAGAUCGAAAACAAGUCAUUCUCAAGGGUGCCAAAYGACCCACUCCACCCCCAUGCGGUCCAGAGUAGAGUCAAGAUAGGUGGCAAUGAGGGAAUGACUGUCAAUCCUCAAGCUCGGUCCCAGACCACCCGACCUGAUCCUGCUGGUGCUAGUCGUACUGGGGGAGCGCCACUGCGUCGAUUUGCUGGAUCCUCUCUUCCCAAUGAUAAGGAUGCAAGCUCCAAACAACUCCAUGGCGGUACUAUACGAGUCAUGCCAUCAGUAGACUUUAGUCCACCGAGUCAGCAGUACCAAGASAGGUUGAACAACUUAACAUCGCAACAACGAGUUGACUUCCAACCUCCACCCCCCAGACCUUACGUCACCUCCCGAGUAACUUCAUAAAUUUUGUUAAUCGGUCGGGGGGGAGCAAAACAUUGUCUGGGAGAAUAAAUGAAUUUUAAUGUAAACAAUGCACAACUUACUGAACUUUACAGUAGCAAGAAAAAAUAUACAAUACUUCUGUCUUAAAUACAGACAUGAUGGAGUUGUUUUCAAAAACCAAAAAACAAAACAUUUUUAUAUUAUUUCACACUUCUAGUGGCACGUAAUUUUACAUUUUUUCCUAUGUACACUUACCAAGUAUCAGAUCAUGCAUUUUUAUUGUUUUUUUCAUCUUUUCUGUUCAAGUUAAGAAAUCAUAUGUAUUUGAGUUUUAUCAAGCAUUAAUUUUCRACUGGUAAUUGAGCUCAAAGCGACGAGGCUGUGUUCACAUCGCUAAGUUUAUAUUAUUUUAUUAAAAAACGAUAAUAAAAUAUAUUGCCUUUAUUUCGUGUUAUGCAAUAAUUAUUUUAAACUCUGAGUUCCCAUGUGACUGUAGCACUGUGUCUGAUGUGAAUUUGUAUACCAUCCCUAUCCCAUGGCCUCUCCGGGAGUGCUUUCCUAUUGACGCUUUUAAUUUUGAGUUGAAAUAAGUAUGAAUAAAGGUGUCUUAAACUUUAA